AUGGCACCUGAGCCUCCUGGUUAUUUGGCACCUCUGUCUUCCCAAAUGGCGGAUUCUGUGUUCACUGACCAGAGGAAGAGCACCAGCCAUCAAACACCAUCCACCUCGUGGUCCAGGAGACCACCGGCCAAACGCUCUCGCAGAGACGUAUAUGCGAAGGGCCCUUUGCUGGGACGAGGUGGAUUCGGCUCUGUGUUUGCUGGGAUCCGCAGGUCUGAUGGACUGCCAGUGGCCAUCAAGUACGUGUCUAAGAACCGGACGCACACCAGACUGAAAGUUGACGGUCAGGGUCGUGUGCUGCUGGAGGUGGCAUUGAUGACCCGCGUCACUUCAGCUCCUGCCUGCCCCAGUGUCCUGCAGCUGCUAGACUGGUUUGACUGUCCCAGAUGCUACGUCCUGACACUGGAGCAUCCGGCUCCAUGCCAAGAUCUCCAGAGCUUCUGUGAGGAGAACGGCUGUCUGGACGAGCUUCUGGCCAAGAAAGUGCUGGUGCAGCUGAUCGCGGCGCUGAAACACUGCGAGAGCCGUGGUGUCCUGCACCGGGACAUCAAGCCAGAGAACCUGCUGAUCUCCAUAGAGUCCCAGGACAUCAAGCUGCUGGACUUUGGCUGUGGAGAUCUGCGGAAGUACUCGGCCUACAAAUACUUUGCUGGCACUCCUGCAUAUGCUCCUCCAGAGUGGUUCCGCAGACAUCGCUAUGAUGCGACUCCAGCUACAGUCUGGUCAGUUGGAGUGACUCUCUACAACAUCCUGUGUGACUGUUUCCCCUUCAGAGGUGCACAGAGGGUCACGUCCAGAAGCAGACUGAUCUUCCCUAGAAGGCUGUCAACAGAGUGCCAUCAGCUGAUUCGCUGGUGCACCAGCAGAUCGGCCCAGUUUAGAUGA